AUGGCAGUGAGUUUGAUUAAGCACCGUCAUCGAGGUACAUUUUGGGUACAUUCGGAUGCUUCAAGUUUAGUUUCUUUGGGAGAUCCAGACAAGCGUAACACGAAUGGCCACCAAAUAUAUGAUCUUCGUGAACGUUUAUCGAUAAUCAGAUUCACAAGAGAUUGCGUGGGGGCUCAUAACGUUGGAGGUAAAAAUCUUUCUAAUCUGUGCAGGGACACGGGCGCGUUUCUUGAAACUCAUGGCGCCAAAACGCAAACCAAGAGACGAGGAGGAGGCACUUUCCGGAACCUCCGUAAUCACGAAACACCUGAAGUUUCCAAGGUCUCCGAACGUUUCCAAGCCUCAUUAGCUCGGUUCGCCUUCGCGCACUGGCAUCUGUCGAAUCAAAAAUCCAAGGCGCCCGGUCACGACAAAGCCACAACGACCCAGAGGAGGCCACGAAAUCAGGAUCAUGCAAAAGAGUCGAACAGCCCAAUAGCCGCAAGCUCUCGCGUAAAGGAUCUGAGGACUAGAAAGCGGUCGAUUUCAGCACUCGGCGAAGGUCCCAAUGAACCGGUCGGUCGUUUAGAACCUGGCUCUCCCUCCAAGAAACAGAAACGAGGGUAUGCCGAGCCGUCUACGUACGCUCACCUGCGGGAACUUCGGAAUCACUUGCGGAGUGGGUUAGAAGUUUUUUGUGGUAUCAACCCCGGUCAGACGUCCGCUGAGAUAGGGCACCAUUUUGGUGGUCCAACGAAUCACUUCUGGAGCUGCCUGUACGAAUCAGGCUUCACUACACGACUUCUCCGUCCUCAAGAAGACUUCAUUCUCCCAGAACAGUUCUCGAUCGGGAUGACGAAUCUCGUUGAUCGUCCAACUGCUGAGCAAAGCGAGCUAUCCAAAGCCGAGCGAUUAGCGGGAGUUCCUGCUCUCCUCGCCAAAAUUGCCACACACCGCCCCAAGAUUGUAUGCUUUGUAGGACUGGGAAUAGCGGACAUCGUUAAAUCUAAAGUGAUGCCGGUAAUUGUGAGAUUGUCUUCGGCUUUACCCCCGUUACUUACUCCUCGACAGGUCGGAAAGGGCCGAAAGACGAAGGCGGCUAUCGGAAUCCAGCCUUACAAGCUUCAGUAUCAAGGUGAACAAGCAUGCCCCAAGGAAACCCUCUUCUACGCUGUGUCGAGUACGUCGGGUCGCGUGGUUACGUACCAGAAAAAGGACAAGGUAAACCAGUUUAAGGCUCUGAAGUCGGUCUUGGAAUCUUUGCGGAACAACAAUGUUGAUACCUCCUCUCUUCACGCUCUCCAAUUGAAUGAUCUACAAUGUGUAAUCUAA